AUGACUCAUCUUAUAUUACAGCAAAGUAUUAGUAGGCGCUUACGUAUACGCUACAAAAAAAAACAAUCAGACAACAACACAAAUAACAGUACUGUAUUCGUAACAAAAUCAAACAUGGACAUCCCCGUCCUAUUGACAGAUCGACAAGUACAAGAAUUUUUAAUCAAUGGUUAUUUGUUACUUCAACCUAAAUCUCUCGAUGAAAAUUUUCAUUCAACAAUAUUUACACAAGCUCUCUCUGUAAUUCAGAAAGAAGGCAAUCCAGGAAAUAAUAUUCUUCCACGGGUUCCUCUACUUCAACGUUUAUUCGAUGACCCAGUAAUUACAGGCGCAUUAGAGAGUUUAUUAGGUUCAAAUUAUGUUAUGCAACCUCAUCGACAUCCUCAUUUAACAAGUCCAGGAUCAGAUGAUCAGUCGUGGCAUAAAGAUAGUUUCUUUGGUUAUCGAAAACUACUUCGUCAUCAUCAGUUACGCUAUGUAAUGAUUAUGUAUUAUCCCCAAGACACAACCAUUGAAAUGGGUCCCACAGGUAUUAAACCUCGAACCCAAUAUGAUGUUAUGGAUCCAAAAAUAUAUCAACACAAUAAAAUAUUUGAAAGUAGCGAUGCAAAGAACGACGAUAAGAACGAUAUUUAUGUCGUUUGUAUGGCCGGUACUGUGGUAUUAAUUCAUUAUGAUAUUGUACAUAGAGGUACAGCAAAUACAUCAAGCAGUUCAUAUCGUUUUAUGUUCAAGUUUCAGUUUAAUAGAAUGGAAGAACCUACUAAACCAACGUGGAAUCACGAUCCAGCAAAUGUGAGUUACGAUGCAACAGAUGCUGGCUUAUUGCAGCCGGUUGUCAAACAUAUAUGGAAUUGGAUGCUAGGUCAUGUAGUAGCAGCACCAGAAGCAUUCGUCACGUCUAAUGAUAUUACUCGAUGGAAAUCACUAUUAAAUGAUCGAGAUGGAAAGAUUCGUCUUAAUGCGGCUUAUAAUCUAGCAUUAUGCAAUGAGUACGAUGUAUUAAUCAAUAGAUUAUAUGAUAAUGAAGAAAUUUUUCGUUUUGAAGCCACCUAUGCAUUAACAGCAUGUAGGUAUAAUAAAGAUGCUAUUACGAAAUUACAAGAAGUGUUAAGAGAUGAAAAAAAUACGGAACAAAUAGCAUAUUGUCUAGCAUUUAUCUUUUCUGAAAUGGGACCACUAGCUCUUGAUACAUUACCAUUAUUGAUCGAUGUUGUACAAACAAACAAUUCAUGGUUAGUCCAACAAUACUGUUGUGAAGCAUUGGGAACUAUUCAAUCGAAUAGACACGAAGAUAUUGAUGAAGUUAUACGAUGUUUGACAAACGUAUUGUCUAACCGAGAUGAGCAGAAUGAUUCCAAACAAAAAUCUCAUGCUAGAUUCGUUGCUGCAUUAUCCAUUGCUAAACUCGGCACCAAAGCCGUUCAAGCAGUACCUGUAUUAAAAGGAGCGCUCUAUCUCGAUCAAAAUCGCUAUGUUAAUGGUAAUGCAUUGUUAGCUUUGGAAAGAAUAGGAACCAACGAGGCAUUAAAAAUCAUGUUGGAUUAUCUUAAAACGUCUCGAUGGUGUGCAAAAACAACAACCGCCAGUCAAUACUAG